AUCAUGAGUGUUCAUAGAAUUCAAGUUUUCUCAAGGACGAAUACCAGUUUUCGUGUUUUCUAUUUUCUCUUUCAACCAUUUCUCUCUCACUCUCUCACUCUCUCGCUCUCCCAUUCUCUCUCAUCAUCAACCAACAUGAAGCUCAUUCGCACGCUGUUGUCAGAACCUGUAACACAAUGAGCAGGAUGUUGUUCACUUAGAACUCUAAUCGUUCAGUUAACAGUUUCAAUUGUUAUUCUUUAUUCAUGUUUUUCAUGAUAGAGAAAAAAAAAUUCUUAAUCUUUAUCUGGAUUAACACUAUGGAUUAAUUAUCUCUCAUUUCUUCACGUGUCUUCCUCUCCCUUAAUUGUUUCCGUGUUCAACUAUUUUCAUGUGUAAUUCAAUUCUGUCAAUCAUUUUUUUUUAUCUUCAUCAUCAAUAUAACAGUUUGAUAUUAAUUACCUUUAAUUAACCUGUUGAUUCAAUCACCAGUCUUCAUUUGAAUCAUCUAAUUAAUUGUUUUCUUUGCUGUUUCUGUGAAUUUUGUUUACUUGUUGUUUCAAUCAAUCGAGACACUUAAAUGUUAAUUAUUAUUACAUUUACAACUCUCGUUUUUAUUUGUUAAUUUCAUUGGUUAUCAAAUGAUUCUGAUCAACAGGUUAAUUAAAAAUGGAUAACAAUUAAUUAGCCGCGUUUCCAAUGGAAAUAGUAACAAAUUUUAACAUCUAAUCAACUAUUGGAUUGAAUCAUCAACAUCUACACUUAAUCAGUGGGUUUACCUGAUUAAGAGUGAAAAUCAAAUUAUUUCAUAAUAAACAACAGCCUAAUCAUCAUCAACAAUCAAUUAUCGUUUUCACAAAGCAAAAUGUUAUUCUGUCGUAGCAAAUAUAUCAAUUCCUCAGCCGAUCCAAUUAACUACCGACUCUCUGAGUAUCUCAUGGAAAGUGGUGGAGGAGGAGGUAAAUCAAAUGGAAACAUUAACAUGAUUGGCGGUGAUUCAUCAACAACAAUUCCAUCAUCUUCAUCAUUAACUCCGCCAGAACUUACUGACCCUGAAGCAAGAAGUCCACUGACACCUAAUGAUUGUGACAAUAGGUUUCUCCAUUUACCUGAAGGAAUUGAUUUAGCUCUUCAUCGGGCUAAAUUAUGGUCCAAAUAUGCCAAAGAUUUGAUUAACUACAUCGACAAGAGAAGCAAUUUAGAAGCUGACCAUGUACGCAAUUUAACUAAAUUAGCACAAUCAGUUAAGCCCAUCCUGAAGGAAGAGAAAUAUCUUCCUCUUCAAUCGGUUUACCUGAAAGCCUUGGACAAUGAUUUGGACAAUAGUUGUAGUACACUUGCUAAUUGUUCACUUCUUUUAGGACAUAAAUUUAUCGAACCACUGGCUGCUCGUCGAACUGAACAUGAAAAAAUUCGAAAACAGAUCAAAUCAGAAUGGAAUCGAGAAUUGAAACGCACUCACGAAUCAUUGACCAAUCUUCGCAAGGCUCGAAUCAUCUAUUUUCAAAGGAAUCAAGAAUAUGAGAGACUUAGAACUUUAAGCAAUUUAUCAUCUGAACUGAAUACAAAUGAAUAUGGAGGACCAAUUGGCGGUGGUGGUGGUGGUGGUGGUGGUGGAGUGGGUGGUUGUUAUGGUGGAAAUGAUCCAGUCAGUAAAUGUGAACGAAAAAAGCGAAUUGAAGACGAAGCUUGUUUAAGAGCUCAAGAGGCUGAGAUAGUCUAUCGAAAUACAAUCAACGAAGCAAAUAUCAGGACUCGAAACUGUGAAGAACUGAAAAGAAAACUUUUAAUCCGGAUUCGGGAGUUAAUCUACCAGUGCGAUCAAACCCUGAAAGCAGUGACCAUUGGCUACUUUGAAUGUCAACAUAACCUUUACAAACCAAUUGUUGAACAAUUUGGAUCUCUAAGUGAUUUAACUAAAUUGUAUCAACCUGGAAGUAAAUACGCUGAUUAUAUAUCACAAUUACCAGAAUUUACAGAAACCCUUAGAAAAUGUAACAACAAUGGUAUUCUGAAAAAUUCUGAUUACAACAAUAAAUUUGAUUCAUUAACAAAUCAAAUGUCAACAGGUAAAGUUAUUGGUAAUUGUAAUCAACGAUCAACAAUUAAACGAUCAAACAAUUUAAAUGAAAACCAUUUAAAAUCCUGCAAAGAUAUUGAAUUGCCAGUUACCUUUUCAAGUGAAAUGGUGGUUGAUGGAGAUUCAAACUUUGAAAGUGGUUUUAAUUGUUCAACUCUUCCUGCGACAUUAACACCAAGCCACCAUUUUCGUAAACUUAAAACACCAUCUCGCUGUCGGCAUUGUGAUGGUUAUGUUUGUUUCCAAGGUCUUGAAUGUAUCAAUUGUGGAUUAACCUGUCAUAACAAGUGUCGAACCGAAUUGGUAAUCGUUAAUUGUAGUAAUAACAACAACAAUAAUAGUACUAAUCUCCGACGGAAUCGAGGUUCAUCAACUAAGAAAACAAUGACAACUUUUGGUGUUGAUUUGAAAUGUUCGGGUGAUGAGAUUCCUCCGGUUCUGGUUAAAUGUAUCAACGAACUGGAUCGUCGUGGCAGUUUAAUUAAGGGACUUUAUCGUGUAUCGGGUGUUAAAUCUCGAGUGGAAAAACUUUGUCAACUUUUCGAAUCCUGUCCAGUCGAUUCUGUUGAUUUAAAUGAUGUCCAUCCAAAUGUUAUCGCUAAUGUAUUGAAACUUUAUCUUCGUCAGUUACCUGAACCUUUAAUUACUUAUAAACUAUACCCUGAGUUUAUACGGAUCGCAAAACAAUAUCCGUCAAGUGCUGAUGGUUCAGGAGCAGAUUUGGACGAUCCUUCAAUUGCUGACCAACUGGUUGUCCAGUAUAAACAAUUGACCUCAAGUUUACCCUCUGUUCAUAAUAAAACUCUUGCCUUUUUGUGCUAUCAUUUGAAAAGAGUAGCUGAUCAGAGUAAAAUCAACAACAUGCCUUCAUCAAAUUUGGGAAUCGUUUUUGGACCAACUUUAUUAAGAUCGUCAGAAGGAGAUUCGUUGAGCUCACUGGUCGAUACUGGUCAUCAGGCUCGAGUUGUUCAAAUACUGAUUACAUAUGUUGAAAAGAUUUUCGGUCCAGCUCCACCAUCACCUCAACCACUGACCGAUCCUUCAUAUCCGGAUGAUGAUGAAAUUGAUGAAGAUCAACAACAUCCAUGUGAAAAUAAUGAAAACAAUAAGGUAAACUCAAUGAUGACCAAUACAAAUCGGACACAAGUUACUCUUACACUAGAAGGUAAUAACUGUUCAUCGUCAAAGGGGAAGGAUAAAGAAAAUGAUAAACUGAUAAAUAAGUGCAGAAAAAUGAUCAACAGUAAUAAUGUUUACAAUAAUAACAUGAAUGACCAAAUGAUCAUUGACCAUAACAAUAUUACUAUCGAUGGUAAAGUCCGAAGCCUCGAACGUGAAAGGUUAUCACCUACUCCAUCAAUUUAUUCAUCAUCAGCUGUUAUCAAAUUAUCUGGUCAACAAAUAAUCACUGGACCAUCAAAUCUUAGCGGUAAUUAUGAUGAUUCAGAUGAUAGAUUAAAUCGGUCCAAUAAUAAUCAUAAUCAUAAUUGUAAUCAUAUUAUUGGUGGUUCUCGGAAUUCACUUUACGAGGCAAGGAGACAAUUUUUUGCUUCUCCCUCACACUCACCUUUAUCAUCUUUGACAUCACCAUCUUCAUCUUCAUCGUCACCUUUAUCCUCAUCUUCAACCUCAAGUUACUCCAUUCGACCUCAUUCCCUAAUUACCGGAUCAAUGUCAUUAAAUUCACACAAUCUUAAUAAUCACAAUCACAAUCAUAAUCAUAAUCAUCACAACCAUUCAUCACCUUUAUCUUCAACAAUGUCAUCACCAACAACAACAACAUCUUCACCAUCUAAUGAACUACCUUCAAUGACCAUGUCCAGUUUAUCACUGACCAGACCUCGCAAAGCCUCAAUCGUAACAAAUACAAUUAAUAAUAACAACAACAAUUUAACCUCAAACAAUGAUUUAUUCAUUACAAAGAUGACCAGUUAACUGGUUUAAUUGAAUUACACUGAGAGCGCCGAUACAGUAAUUUGAUAAUUGAAAUGCAAAUAGCAGUUAAUUGAUCAUGAAGGAUUAACGGAACAAUUAAAUAACAAAUUUCCUAUUACUUUAAUUGUUGAUCAAUUUUAGUUAUAAGAUUUUCUUUUUAUUUUAAUUAAAUCAACUGAUCAAUUGUUUCCUCCUGAUAAUUAACUUUUAAAAUUAUCCGGACAGGAUUCCAAUUGUAUCUACUAAUUGAUUUGGUUUUGUCUUUUUAACAAUUAACAUGUAAUCAUCAUUUUUUUUUAAUUGUUUAACAACCAAAUCAUGAUAAUCAAAAAAUUGUUACGAUCUUUGUAUUUUAAACUAUUUUAUAUUAACAAAAACUUUAUAAAUUGUUACACAGCCAAGGGAUUGAAGUUUACAAUCAGUUUGUUUAAUCAUUUGCUCAGGUAAUCAGGUAAUAAAGAUACUAAUUACUUUUAAUAUCUAAUCAGAUGACCAUUCAAAGGGAUUAUACCGUUUGAAUGAGAGAGUGUUGUAUGAUUGGAUUAACUUUAUCUCAUUCAUUGAUUAUAUUUAAUUGUGUGAAUGAUUCAACAAAUUGUUGAAAACUCAAAGUCUUUGGCUGUUUAUUAUGCAUAUGAACAUUCAACGUUUAACUUUGCUAUUGACGCAUUUUGAAUAAAAUAAAUUGCAAUUAA